GAGAGAGGACAGGGAGCGAGGGGCGUGCCUGGAAGGGCGGGCAGGGGGCGCUUCCGGUCUCCUCUCCCUCCUUGCAUGGCGUCCGGUGCACGAGCAGGAGCAGCAGCAGCGCGUCCCCAGAUCGGGUUCCAGGGGAGAUCCGGGAAAUUACAGGCCAGUCAGCCUGACGUCAAUACCGGGACUUUGGACCUUCGCCGGCCAGCUGUGGCAUGCCAAAAAAGAUAACUGCGCUCCCAGAGCACAGAGAUCCUCCUGCCUUCACAGCCCCAGAGCCAAGAUGGAAAUGAAAACCUCCACUGGGUCAGAAGCAGAACGAGGCCCUGAGGCCACACAGGCAGGGAUCAGUGGGAAAAUCUGGGAAAGGUCUGUGGGAAAUAUUCUGGGUGAGGAUGCCACCAGCUCAGUAGCAGAGAUCCAUCACUUCAGGCAAUUCCGCUACCAGGAGGCUGAGGAGCCCCGAGAGGUUUGCAGCCGACUUCACCAUCUUUGCCACCAGUGGCUGAAGCCUGAAAGGCACAGCAAGAUGGAGAUCGUGGACCAGGUGAUCCUGGAGCAGUUCCUGGCCGUCCUGCCCCCGGAGAUGGAGAGCUGGGUUCGGGAAUGCCGGCCGGAGACCAGUUCCCAGGCGGUGGCCCUGGCUGAAGGCUUCCUCCUGAGCCAGGCAGAUGGUCAGAAUCAGGACCAGCAGGGGCUGUCAGAAGAGGCUGCUGAUUUCUGCGAGGCAGAAAAGGCGCCAUCCGACCUGAGGCAGGGGCCGCUGUUCUGGGGGACCAGACAGGAGAGCGAGGGAGGUGGAGGAAGGACACUAGUGGAUGGAUGUGGAGCUUUGAGACUUUGUGGUGGACGUCAGGCAGCCUCUGCGCAGCCAGAUCAGGGUGUGCUGACUCUCGAGGAGGUGUCUGUCUGUUUCACCCAGGAGGAGUGGGCGCUGCUGGAUCCGGGCCAAAGGGCAUUGCACAGGGAAGUCAUGGGGGAGAAUCACAGGAAUCUGGCCUCUCUCGAGCACGAGUGCAAGAGAAUGGGAGAAGAAGAUAAAAAGGGAACUGAAGCAAUAUCAAAGUGGAGAAUGAAUUCCAUUGUUUCUGAAGAUGCCAAUUCCCCUGAAAUUCAAGUCCAGGAAGAAAGUCACAAAAGAAAUAAAAUAAUUCUCACUCGGUGUGCUAAAAUCUCAACUAGGAAAUCAAGGUUUAGCUCACGUCUGCAAAUGCAAAAUCAGGGAAAUCAUGUGGAAGGGUCAGAGUGUGGGAAGAGCUUCAGCCUGGGGCAAGACCUUAUUUUACAUGAAAGAAUGCACACCCAGGAAAUGCUACAGUGUGAAAAAGAUCAAAAAAUGGAACACCUAACUCAGCAACAAAGAGAGCACAUAAGUGAGAAACCUAAUAGAUGUCCAGAUGGCAAAAGGAGCUUCAGCCGUAGCUCAAAGCAUUCUUCCCAUCAUAGAGGAGAGAAACCUAAUAAAUGUUCAGAUUGCGGGAAAAUCUUCAAAAGUAGGUCCUACCUUACUUUCCAUAAAAGAAUCCAUACAGGAGAGAAACCAUAUAAAUGCUCAGAAUGCGAGAAGAGCUUCAGAUGGAAAAGUGAUCUUUCUGUUCACAAGAAAAUGCACAAUGCUGAAGACGCAUAUAAAUGCUCAGAGUGUGGAAAGAGCUUCAAAUAUAGAUCAAGCAUUAUUUCCCAUCAAAGAAUGCAUGCAGGUGGGAAACCAUAUAAAUGCUCAGAGUGUGGAAAGGGCUUUUAUUGGAAGUCCCACCUGACUAACCAUCAAACAACCCACACAAGGGAGAAAACAUUUAAAUGUUCAGAUUGCGGAAAGAUGUUCAGAUAUAGGUUCUACCUUACUUUCCAUCAAAGAAUCCACACAGGAGAGAAACCGUAUAAAUGCUCAGAAUGCGAGAAGAGCUUCAGAUGGAAAAGUGAUUUUUCUGUUCACGAGAGAAUGCACAAUGCUAAAGAUGCAUAUAAAUGCUCAGAGUGUGGAAAGAGCUUCAACUGUAGAGCAAGUAUUAUUUCUCAUCGAAAAAUGCAUGCAGGUGAGAAACCACAUAAAUGUUUAGAAUGUGGAAAGAGUUUUACCAACCGUUCCGGCCUUGCUAUGCACCACAGAAUUCACACAGGGGAGAAACCAUAUAAAUGCUCAGAGUGUGGAAAGAGCUUUUAUCGGAAGGCUCACCUGACUAGCCAUCAAAAAACCCACACAGGGGAGAAACCAUUUAAAUGUUCAGAUUGUGGAAAGAUGUUCAGAUGUAGAUCCUACCUUACUUUCCAUCAAAGAAUCCACACGGGAGAGAAACCGUAUAAAUGCUCAGAAUGCGAGAAGAGUUUCAGAUGGAAAAAGUACCUUUCUAUUCACAAGAGAAUGCACACUGGUGAAAAACUCUAUAAAUGCUCAGUUUGUGAAAAGAGUUUCAUCUGUAGGUCAAGUGUUAUUUCCCACCAAAGAAUCCAUGCAGGGGAGAAACCACAUAAAUGUUCAGAAUGUGGAAAAAGCUUCCAUCAUAAGGGCAAACUUACUUCCCAUCAAAGAAUCCACAGACAGGAGAAACCUUAUCACUGCUCAGAAUGUGGAAAGAGCUUUAGUGGCUAUUCAGGCCUUGCUUAUCAUCACAUAAUGCACACAGGGGAGAAACCAUAUAAAUGCUUGGAAUGUGAAAAGAGCUUUACUUCCCAUUCCGGUCUUGCUUAUCAUCUCAGAAUCCACACAGGGGAGAAACCAUUGAAAUGCUCAGAAUGUGGAAAGAGCUUUAGGUCCCAUUCUGGACUUGUUUAUCAUCUCAGAAUCCACACAGGGGAAAAACCAUUUAAAUGCUCAGAAUGUGGAAAGAACUUUAGGUCCCAUUCUGGACUUGCUUAUCAUCACAGUAUCCACAAAGGGGAGAAACCAUAUGACUGCUCCAAAUGUGAAAAGAGCUUCAGUAAGAAGGCCGUCCUUACGUCUCAUCAGAAAACUCACACAAGGGGGAAGCCAUAAAAAAUGUUCAUCAUGUGGAAAGAAGUUCAGAUGGAGUGACAACCUUACUUGCCAUCAGAGAAUGCACACAGGGUAGAAACUAUAAAUGCUUAGAAAGCAGGAAGGGCUUUAGUCAAAGAUGUACUUAAACUAUCCAUUAUAGAACUCACAUGGGGAAAACCUUAUAAAUAUUUGGAAUUUGUAGUGAGCUUCAAUCAGAAUGUGCAGUUUACAUCCUAUUAAAAACCUAACAGCCCGUGUUAAUUCCUGGGAACUGGAAAGAGCUUUCCUUGGCUGUUUGGUGUAGUGGUUAAGAGCGCAGGACUCCCAUCUGGAGAACCGGGUUUGAUUCUCCACUCCUCCACUUGAAGCCUGCUGGGUGACCUUGGGUCAAUCACAGCUUCUAGGAGCUCUCUCAGCCCCACCCACCUCACAGGGCAUUUGUUGUGGAGAUAAUUAUGACAUACUUUGUAAACUGCUCUGAGUGGAUGUUAAGUCAUCCUUUCUUUUGAAUAAAUAUUUUAUUAGUUUUCUCAUAAAGAUAGGAAUAGGGGAAGGGGAAUGGGGAAAGGAAGGGCAACAGGAACAUCCUAAAGUCUGCUUGCAUCAGCAUUCUACUUAUCUACAUAUCAUAUCAUAUGUCACUCUACAAAUCCAACUCUGAUUAUUAGUAACAGUUAGAACACUGCCUUCAUAUGUUUACUACAUGCAGGUCUUUAUAUUUGUUUUUAAUCCAGUUAUAAAAAGGAAUCCAAGAGGGAGCAAAAUCUUCUUCCAUUUGUCCUUUCAUUAGUGAAGUUAGUUUGUCCAUUUCUGCAUUUUCCAUUUUCUUCGCUAUUAGUUCCUCUUGCUGGGGUGUUGUUGGUCGUUUCCAAUAGUACACUAAUAAAAUUCUUGCCGCUGUUACUACAUGUA